UGAGGUCACUGAUGACCAGCUGAAAAUACAGUAGUCACUUGGUUUUCAUGUUUUGAGCAACAUCUCGGCAUCUAUGACACCACCUUCACACUCUCCAGGCCUGCCUCCUGUGCUGUGUACUUCCUUUUCAUUUUCCACUGCCUAGUUCUUUUCUUUUUUCUGUCCUCUAAAAAUUGGAAUGCCCGCAGUCUCUUUUAGUAUCUUUAUCCUUUUAGCUGUUCAGGAGAAAAACUUUGGCAUCUUCUUUGAUUCCUUUUUCCUUACUUCCCAUUUCAUCCUAUCAGCAAAUCCUGUCAUCUUUCUACCUUAGAAUGUAUUCGGAAUCGGUCUGCUUUUCACCUCCACUGACUGCAUCUACCUUGGGUCAAUUCAUUACUUUUGCCUCCAUUAUUGAAGUAGUCUCUUAACCAGUCUCCUAGCUUUGUGCUGCUGUUUUUCUCCCUUCUCUCCACCUUCUAGAGUCUUACUAUUACAGUAGCUGGAAUUUUCUUUUUAGUGGGUGAGUCAGAACAUGUCAGUCGUAUGCUCCAAAUUAGGCUCUCCCUCUCAGUUUGUUUUUUGAAGUUCACAUACUAGCAUCUUAAAUUAUCCAAAUUCAAGCUUCUGAUUUUGCUCCAAAAUCUUGCCCAUGAUCUUCCCCACUUAGUAAGUGCAACUUGGAGAGUGCAAUGCUGUUUGUCUUGUUUCCUUUUGAGGGGGGUGGGUACACUUAAAUGUCAGUGCCUGGUACAUAGUGGGCAGUGUGUUUACUGAAUGAAAGAGAAGAAGCCAGUCUUUCAAAGAGCAGAUCAGAGGAGUAUUCUGGGCAGUAUGAACUGUGCAGAAGGAACUGAUGGGGUACAAGUUUGACAUGUUUAAGGAACUUAAGGGAAGGCCUGUCUGUGCUGGUGAUCAGAAGUCCAGAAUGAGUUGCCAGGAGCUAAAAGUCAAGGACAGUAAUGAUGACACUGAAGAUGUUUCACUGUUUGAUGCAGAAGAGGAGACAACUAACAGACCAAAAAAAUCCAAAAUCAGACAUCCAGUGGCAUCAUUUUUCCACUUGUUCUUUCGCGUCAGUGCCAUCAUUGUCUAUCUUUUCUGUGAACUGCUCAGCAGCAGCUUUAUUGCCUGUAUGGUAACAAUUAUCUUGCUGUUGUCAUGUGACUUUUGGGCAGUGAAGAACGUCACAGGUAGACUAAUGGUUGGCCUUCGUUGGUGGAAUCAUAUUGAUGAAGAUGGAAAGAGCCAUUGGGUGUUUGAGUCCAGGAACGAGUCUUCUCAAGAGAGUAAAACUGCUUCAGAGGCUGAAUCAAGAAUCUUUUGGUUAGGACUUAUUGCCUGUCCAGUGCUGUGGGUGAUAUUUGCCUUUAGUGCCCUCUUCUCCUUCAGAGUAAAGUGGUUGGCAGUAGUUCUCAUGGGUGUCGUGCUACAAGGUGCCAACCUGUAUGGAUACAUCAGGUGCAAAGUGGGCAGCAGGAAGAACUUCACCAACAUGGCCACCUCGUAUCUAGGAAAGCAGUUUUUAAGACAAAACACUGGAGAUGGUCAGACUCCCUGAAUAAAGAAUGAAAGCUUAUAAAUUUUGUUACAUUGGGGAACAACUGAAGAGAUUCUUGACUUUGAACCUCUGAGAACUCAGUCCAUAUUGCAACCAGGAGUGUGGGGUUUGCUUUUCACUUAACUAUUUUAUUUAAAAAAAGGAAAAGUGAUUUUCAUAUUGUUUUCAUUUUCUUUGUAGGAGUUGGGGCUAGAAAGUAUGCUGUCACUAGAAACAUUACCAGUUUGUUUUAUGUUGUACAUAUGUGUAUGGUUAUGUGGUAUCAGUAUACCCCACAUCAGUGCGAGUGUUGGUGUUUGUUCAUAUACAUGACAGAGACCUAUGCAUUUUGAUCCAUAGAACGUAAGAGGAUAUUCUUAGUUUAUCUCUAAGCUCUGUUGUGUGUUUACAUAUUAUUUGUAUAAAUCAUUUUCAGAAGUAAGUUUUGCUUCCAGGUAAGAAUGAGCACUUUGGCUUAUGUUUGUUAGAAAUAAUUGUUAAAAUAUGUACUUCGUAAUGACAUUUCUUAGAUACACACAAACAAGUAAAAAGCCAGUGGUAUUACCUAGUUUCUAAAAUGUUGUUUAUGUUUAUUGAUAAUAAGUCAUUUACUUAAGGCUCAGUUAAUAUAAAUGGAAUCAUCAUAGUUUAUGUCUAAGGGAUACCCAGAGACUGCAGCUGUUCAGUUUACUUUACAGAAAGGAUAGCCAGAUUUCACUUUGGAACUUCCUGGAAGCUUUUCAGUAGUCCAUGGGCUAAUAAAAUCUUUUACCACUAAAAGAACAUUAUUCUUAUGUCACAGUAAGAAUAAUCAUAAUAUUUGGCAUAAUAAAUGCCUGAAAGAUAGUUUAUUUUAAUGAAUCUUUUUUUCUUCCUACAAUAGGGGUAUUGUAAAUCAUACUUUUAUAUUAAUGGUAUUUCUUAAAGCAAUAUAUAUUUAACUGUAAAGUAAACCAAUCUACAAAUAACUGUAGGCAUCUGUAAAUUCUGUUGUAUGACGUGCUGUAAACUUUGUUGGAGUCUUUUAAUCAGCAGAUUACAUUGUGAAUGUAUUUGUACAUUGUCAGAAUAUUUUUUAAGACAUUUAAUUGAGUACGUGUCUCUGUUGGAGUGAUAGAUUUGAAGGUGCAAAACUUUAUAUUUGAAUAAAACUCUACUGUUUACAAAG